AAGAAUCCUGUUUCACUGUUGCGAGCCUCCCAAAGUGCUGACUUAGUUGUCGCUCUUUCGGGCGCAAAACUGCAAUUCUUUGAUGCCGAAAAGUUGGAGUGUUCCAGUUUGCGUCAAACGCUGGACAACAUUUCCACCUUCUCGCUCGUCGAUUAUUCCAUGGGCGCUGAGCAUCAUUCCGUACAAUGUAGGGAUAGUUUUGCCGUUUUCGCAACUGAUCACAAGUACUAUAGUGUUAGCCUCAAGACGAGGAAAUGCACCGACAUACUUGAUCGCUGCGACAGCCGAGACAAACCCCUUAUCGAAACGGUGUCGGAGGAGGAAUUCCUGCUUUCCGGUCCCGGCUCUCUAGGCAUCUUUGUUAAUGCUAAUGGCCAGUCCGACCGACCGCCUCUAACACUCUCUGCCAAUCUAUCAGGUCUAUUUUCUCGCCAGCAACUAGUUUUCGCCGUUGAUGAUGAGUUUGUUUCAAUCCACUGUGCCAAUCAACAAAAGCAGUUGCAGACGUUAGUUGUGAAAGACGUGAGUGCUGCUUGCAUGUCUCUGAAUCGAAAAAUGGUCUUCGUUGCUUCAAACAGCACGACCGAAGGUCCGUGUUUGUGUAUCAUCCGACCAGAAACAUGGGACCUGGUAGCCAGACGACUUAUCAUGGCAGGAUGUCUUUCAGAUGCUUCCGAUCUCAUUGAUCGAGAAUACGCAAAAUUGAUUGAUCUAUGCAAUCGACGCCCGGCUACCAGCAGUAACGCAAAGAAUAUAUUCAACACGAGGUCUAAACGAGUCUAUACCUUGAUGGGAUUUUACUUGUUUGAGACAGGUCACUUGGAUAGCUGUCGAGAGUUCUUUGAAAAGUCUUCUUUGGACGUCCGUGAGUUAUUGUAUCGUUUUGUGGACUUGCUUCCUCGUGGUUAUGCCUUCACCGCGGACCCCAAUUUGCGCAUUGAGUCGUCAGCAAAGGCAUCUUUUGACACGCCAGUUGACGAGCCACCGCGUACCAUUUUCGAUCUCAGUGAAACCCUUUUUUUGCCCGUCCAAGACUUUCGCCGUUUCCUCCUAAACUUUCUUAUUGAAAAUCGCUACGGCCGAAUUUUCGCUACACACUUGCAGGUUAGUACGAGCUACAUUAGUUAA